GUAGAAACGAGGCUGAUGAACUUUAUUUUCCUCAAUACCCAACACUGAAAAUACCCGAUUUCCUUCUUUUUAAACAAUCAAUUAUUAUUCCUUGAUUCAAUCUUACCCAGAUCUUAGCACCCCAAAAUCAAGGUAUCAAUAUGGCGCGUAAUUCGGAGAAAGCUCAGUCGAUGCUCUUUCGCUUUCGCGAAGCACAAGCCGCGGAUUUAGGAAUUAUCGAUGCAGGACGUACACGAAGACCCAAGAUAAUUACCGAAGUCGACUCGAUUCCAGCCUGCGAAAAAUGGAGAGGCCAAACACUCAAAGAAAUCAGCCGAAAAGUAUCCCGCAUCCAGGACUCUGCCCUUAGCGACUACCAGAUUCGAGAUCUCAAUGACGAAAUCAACAAGCUUAUGCGUGAGAAGCACAUGUGGGAGGUACAAAUACGUAACUUAGGUGGUCCUAAUUACAUGCGAGGUGGUGGUAAAAUAUAUGACGAAACGGGUAGGGAAAUACCAGGAGGAGGGAAAGGAUACAGGUAUUUUGGACGAGCGAAAGAGCUUCCCGGUGUCAAGGAGCUAUUUGAGGCGGCUGCACAGAAGAAGAUACAAGAUUCUGAGAAACCAUUAGAGACUCGCGAAGAUCUUAGGAAAGCAGUCGACGCCAAAUAUUACGGAUACGCACCUAACGAAGAGGACGAGGCACUGCUACAAUAUGAGGCUGAGAAGGAACGGGAAGCUUUCGAGGCGCUAUUAAAGCAAGGGAAGUCGGAACCUCCUCCAGGAUGGGAACCACUACCGGGUGAUGCAGGAGAUGGCAGGGGCUGGGAGUUACCUACUCUAGAAGAGGUACAGCAGGAGCUCCUGGAAAGGAGAAGGCGCAAAUUACUCGAUCAGAUCCAAUAGGGCCAUACUUGAUUCCUCCCCUCUCAUAUUCUUCAGACUAAUAUCCCACCCAUACGAUCCAUACCAUGGAGAACAGCUAUAAAAAACAGCAUCACCAGCCACA